AGUCCCGUCCACCAUGGCUGCAUCUCAUCUCCUGCGCCAUACAGACCCCGGGCCCCUGACCAUCAAGCACUUCCUCGACUCCUUCCAGCGCAUAUGGCUCGACUCGCGACCCGCCCGAACAGGGCGAAAGCCCGAUGCUCGUCUGCCGCGCCGACUCGGUCUCGCCAUCAGUGGAGGCGCCGACUCCAUGGCCCUCGCCUAUCUAUGCAAGCAAUGGGAGAAGACCAGUCCCGCGGACACUGACGUGACCGUCACGGCAUUUGUCGUCGACCAUCAAGCCCGCGAGGAGAGUACGCGCGAGGCGAACAUGGUCGCUGGAUGGCUGGAUAAGAUGGGCCUCCAGACCCAAAUCCUCGAGCUCUCCUGGCCCGAAAGCAAAGUCUCUGCGUUUGAAACCCACGCGCGACGACUACGGUUCCAGGCUCUCGGGCAGGCGUGUCGAGCACACCGCAUCGAGACUCUGCUUAUGGGACAUCAUCAAGAUGAUAAUGUCGAGACGACGCUCUGGAGACUCUGUACCGGGGCUAAAGGUGCUGGACUGGCAGGGAUCCCGCCGGUGACGCGCAUCCCGGAGUGUCAUGGUCUGUUUGGAGUCGCGGAGAGCGGGUCGUCGGUCCCGUUGAAGUCGCCUAGAGAUACCAGGGUCAGAAUCACGCAUGCCAAUGAGAUUCAGUGCCUACCACCUGAAACACCGGGGAGAGAAGAAGAAGAACCAGAAUACCGGAUCUCAACCGGGGGCAUCUCCAUCUGUCGGCCCCUCCUCGCCUUCCCCAAGACUAACCUCCUCGCAACCUGUCAUGAGAAUAACAUCCCCUACGUCUCCGAUCCCACCAACUUCGACCCAACUCUCACUCCCCGGAAUGCUAUUCGCGGUCUGCUCUCGGGGAAGAAACUUCCCCGUGCUCUGCAGCCACCGUCUAUCCUCUCGUUGAUUCAGAAAAGUAACGCCCUGCUGCAGUCUGCGACGGACGACUCCAAUGAUUUACUCCAACAUUGCAGCCUUCUUGCCCUCGCUCCUUCGACAGGGACGGUGAUCGUCAACUUCCCUCAACCCGGUCAUAAUGACCCCCAACCCACCACGAACAUCAACCCCGACCCUCAAAUCCAAUCCCUCACCCUCCGCCGCAUCACCGAACUCAUCUCUCCCUUCCCAGACAACCACUUUCCCCUUCGCAGCUUCGAACCCUUUAUAUCUCGCGUCUUUCCCUCCUCUACAUCCACCGAAACCCAACCCCGGCCCCAGAAUCAACCCCAAAACCAGACCUCUCUCCCACUAAACCCAACACAAAAACAACAGCAGCAGCAGCAGCAGCAGCAGCAACCCUUCACCCUCGGCGGCAUCAUGUUCCAGCCUCUCCACUGGAAUCAAUCCACCACCACCACCAAGAAUAAUACAUGGCUCCUCUCCCGCCAACCCUACAUGCGCAACCGUCAUCCCAUCCUCCCCAUCCCCAUCGCCAUCUCAACCCUAACCCCACCCACACCUACAUGUCCCCAAAACGACACAUGGCACCUCUGGGACAACAGAUACUGGUUCCGCAUCACAGCCACGCCAAAGCCUAGCCCCUUUCUCCAACACACUCACUCCUCAUUUCCAUCUAUAUCCCCGGAACACAACUCCGAAUAUGCAUCCCCAAGCCCCAUCUCGUUGGUCAUUCGUCCCUUGCAGAAGUCGGAUUUACGGGUUAUUCGCACCGCGGAGCGAGCAGCGUCUGAUCUGAGGAAUGGGAAGAGUGCGCUGAUGGAGCGAUUGGGACGGGAUGCGCCGGGUCUCGUGCGGUUUACGGUGCCGGUGUUGGUGAUGCCGGGUGGGGUGUUGGGAUCCGGGGUGGAUGUGCCCUUGGCGUUGCCCACGAUGGAUCUGUGGUUGCCAGGGGCGGAAUUGGCGCCCUGGGAGAUCCGCUGGGAAUGGAGGUACAAGAUGAUUGAUCAGGAAGUGCUGGAACGGAUGGGCUGGUUGGGAUCUAGCUAACCAAGCUAUGCUACAAAGAAAGCUCGAGACAAGGAAUGUACGGGCAAUAUGACAACAGGAGAGAAGAGGGAAAGACCGACCACGCUGCGAUCGCCUGCACGCGACCCAAAUCAACCGCCAAACCCAAGCAAACCCCGUCGGAUGCAGUGCAGAUAGCCAAGGAGACACGCAGGCUAUGCCACGACAAAGGAAAGAGAAGCCCUAUGAACAAUG